AUGGAUACAUCAAAUGCAGUCGAUAUCCUUCGCCGAAAACCGGACAACCUUGCAAUCUAUACUAACCCUGAGCAUGAGCUGUAUCUCAAGAAGCUCGAUGUUCCGACCCCAAGCGAAGGGGAGUGCCUCAUCCACGUGCGAGCAACUGGCAUCUGCGGCUCCGAUGUUCACUUUUGGAAAGCAGGUCACAUUGGCAAGAUGGUUGUGACGGGCGAAAACGGGCUAGGUCAUGAGAGUGCAGGCGUAGUUGUUGGCGUAGGACCUAAAGUGAUGAAGUUUAAGAUUGGUAACAGGGUAGCUAUCGAGUGUGGCAUCCCUUAUAUGAAGGUAUUGUGCUUCUUCUAUUAUAUAGGUCGAUAUAACGCCUAUCUAGAGGUGGUCUUCUACUCGACGCUGCUAUAUUACGGAACCCUUACCCGCUACUACGUACACCUAGAAGACUGGCUUCAUAAGAUUCCUGAUGGGAUGUUAUAUGAAGAGGGAUCUCUUCUCGAGCCACUCUUAGUGGCUCUGACAGGGCUCGAGCGAUCUGGCGUUCGCUUGGGUGAUCCCGUGGUUAUCUGCGGUUCUGGUCCUAUCGGUAUUACUACUUUGCUGGCUGCUAGCGUAGUAGGUACUAGGCUGGAUAUGGUAAAAAAGGCAGUUCCUAGAGUGCGAACUGUUCUUAUUACUGAUAUCAAGGGAGCUCUUGGUGAAGAAGCCAAGAUAGUACUAGAAUGUACUGGCGUUGAGUCAAGUGUGGUCACCGGCAUAUACUGUUGCCGAUUCGGCGGCAUGGUCUUCGUUAUCGGUUGCGGUAGAGAUCUUGCCACAAUUCCCAUCAUGUAUAUGGCUGGCAAGGAAAUUGAGUUACGCUUCCAAUUUCGCUACCGAGAUAUCUAUCCUCGGGCCAUUGGCCUUGUUGCUGAGGGAGUCAUUGAUCUCAAACCAUUAGUCACCCAUCGGUUUGCUCUUGAAGAUGGUGAGAAGGCCUUCAAAACAGCUUCAGACCCUAGUGCUCUGGCAUUGAAAGUUCAAGUACUUGACGAUUAG